GAAUCUGACUCUUUUUUUCUUUGUCAGUUGCCCUUAGGUAAUUCUUUCUGCAGGAUGAAUUAAGAGAAGAUCCUUCUUCCUUGGCAAUGGAGAGCAGUUUGCCAGCUACCAAUAUGCCAGACCCCUCAUCUUCUCCCUUGGAGAAACAUCCCAGCUCAGCCAAUGGUAAUGGAGAUUUUGAUUCAGAAGAAGGUUCAAGCUUGGAGGAAAUUGGCUUUAACUGGGGCGAGUACUUGGAAGAAACGGGUGCCAGUGCAGCUCCUCACACAUCAUUCAAACACGUUGAAAUCAGCAUUCAGAGCAACUUCCAGCCUGGGAUGAAAUUGGAAGUGGCCAAUAAGAACAACCCAGACACGUACUGGGUGGCCACUGUGAUCACCACCUGCGGGCAGCUGCUGCUUCUGCGCUACUGUGGUUAUGGGGAGGACCGCCGGGCUGACUUCUGGUGUGACGUGGUGAUAGCAGAUCUGCACCCCGUGGGGUGGUGCACGCAGAACAACAAGGCCCUGAUGCCUCCAGAUGCAAUCAAAGAAAAGUACACAGACUGGACAGAAUUUCUCAUUCGUGACUUGACUGGUUCCCGGACAGCACCUGCUAACCUUCUGGAAGGUGUACAUGCGUACACACAGCCUCUGCGAGGGAAAGGCCCUAUAGACCUCAUUACAGUUGAUUCCUUAAUAGAACUUCAGGAUUCUCAGAACCCUUUUCAGUACUGGAUAGUUAGUGUGAUUGAAAAUGUUGGAGGAAGAUUACGCCUUCGCUAUGUGGGAUUGGAGGACACUGAAUCCUAUGACCAGUGGUUGUUUUACUUGGAUUACAGACUUCGACCAGUUGGUUGGUGUCAAGAGAAUAAAUACAGAAUGGACCCACCUUCAGAAAUCUAUCCUUUGAAGAUGGCCUCUGAAUGGAAAUAUGCUCUGGAAAAAUCCCUUAUUGAUGCUGCAAAGUUUCCUCUUCCAAUGGAAGUAUUUAAGGAUCAUGCAGAUUUGCGAAGCCAUUUCUUCACAGUUGGGAUGAAGCUAGAAACAGUGAAUAUGAGUGAGCCCUUUCAUAUCUGUCCUGCAUCAGUGACCAAGGUUUUUAACAAUCAUUUUUUUCAAGUGACUAUUGACGACCUAAGACCAGAACCUAGUAAACUCUCAAUGCUGUGCCAUGCAGAUUCUUUGGGGAUUUUACCAGUACAGUGGUGCCUUAAAAAUGGAGUCAAUCUCACACCUCCCAAAGGUUAUUCCGGCCAGGACUUCGACUGGGCCGAUUAUCACAAGCAGCAUGGAACGGAAGAAGCACCUCCUUUCUGCUUCAAAAAUACAUCAUUCAGCCGGGGCUUCACAAAGAACAUGAAGCUUGAAGCCGUAAACCCCAGGAAUCCAGGAGAGCUCUGUGUGGCCUCUGUCGUGAGGGUGAAGGGGCGGUUGCUGUGGCUUCACCUGGAAGGCCUGCAGACUCCUGCUCCAGAGUUUAUUGUUGAUGUUGAAUCCAUGGACAUCUUCCCAGUGGGCUGGUGUGAAGCGAAUUCUUACCCUUUGACUACACCUCACAAAAUAGUCCCACAACAGAAGAGAAAGAUUGCAGUUGUGCAACCAGAAAAACAAUUGACAUCCACAGUGCCUGUUGAGAAAAUACCUCAUGACCAUUGUUUAUUCCCUCACCUGGAAACCACAGGUCCUGUCAACGGGAAAUACUGCUGUCCUCAGCUCUUCAUCAAUCACAGGUGCUUCUCAGGCCCUUACCUAAACAAGGGGAGGAUCGCAGAGCUACCUCAGUCGGUGGGACCAGGCAAAUGCGUGCUGGUUCUGAAAGAGGUUCUUAGCAUGAUAAUCAAUGCAGCUUACAAGCCUGGGAGGGUAUUGAGGGAAUUACAACUGGUGGAAGAUCCACACUGGAAUUUUCAGGAGGAGACGCUGAAGGCAAAGUAUAGAGGCAAAACAUACAGGGCCGUAGCCAAGAUUGUACGAACUUCUGACCAAGUAGCGGACUUCUGCAGACGGGUCUGUGCCAAGCUAGAGUGCUGUCCAAAUUUGUUCAGUCCUGUGCUGGUUUCUGAAAACUGCCCAGAAAACUGCUCCAUUCAUACCAAAACCAAAUACACCUAUUAUUAUGGAAAGAGAAAGAAGAUCAUUAAGCCCCCAAUUGGGGAAAGCAGCAUUGAAAGUGGACACCCUAAGCCAGCCAGGCGUCGGAAACGGCGAAAAUCCAUUUUUGUGCAGAAGAAACGGAGGUCUUCUACCGUGGACUUUGCGGCAGGCUCGGGGGAGGAAAGCGAGGAGGAGGAUGUGGAUGCCGUGGACGAUGACACAGGGAGCGAGGAAACCGGCUCUGAGCUGCGGGACGACCAGACAGACACCUCUUCGGCCGAGGUCCCCUCGGCCAGGCCCCGAAGGGCCGUCACCCUGAGGAGCAGCUCCGAGCCAGAGCGCCGGCUGCCCGUGGAAAGGACGAGACGGGGCCGAAAAGUGCAGGCCGCCUCUUGUGCCGAGGGCGGCGACAAGGGCCCGGCAGCCGGCCAGGACAAGGACACGGCACAGGAAACAAAGCAAGAGGAGGAGGAGAGGCUCAUUCUGGAGAGCAACCCGUUAGAGUGGACAGUGACUGACGUGGUGAGGUUCAUUAAACUGACAGACUGCGCCCCCUUGGCCAAAAUUUUUCAGGAACAGGACAUUGACGGUCAGGCGCUGCUGCUGCUGACUCUCCCUACCGUGCAGGAGUGCAUGGAGCUGAAGCUGGGGCCCGCCAUCAAGUUGUGCCAUCAGAUCGAGAGAGUUAAAGUGGCUUUCUACGCCCAGUAUGCCAACUGACUCCACCCUCUGGGGAGGUGGCCCGUUGUCUUGGUGAUACGGUGUCUCGGGAUGGGGUCCAGGACUGGAACUUUUAUUUUUCCCUGGAUACGUGAGAUGGUUCAUGCAGUCACCGGGAAUCGUGAAGCACGAAGGACCUCCUUCACCCCCCAGCCUGUUUCAUAGUUCCAUGUGUUCACAGCACACACCAGGACCACGGCAGUGGCCGCUGGAAGGUGUACAUUAAAGUUCUGUGUCAGACCCUGCGGGAUAUGAAGAGCUUCUUUGUAUGGCCACAUCUCGCCUUUCUCCCACCCCAAAGCAGGCAGCUGCCUUCGAACAAGGUCCUAAACCAGGGCCCAUGUUUCUUUGAAAACACCUGAUGGUGCAGUUGAUGUCAUUUCAAUGUGACCGAGGAGGCUGCCUGGCUGGUAUUUUUUGCUCUACUCAUUCUCAGGCACAUUCAUAGAUGCUUUUCUGUACCGAUACACAUGUGACUGUCACCACAGUUGGAUCUUGGUGGCAACUAAUUUCUCGAACACAGCUGUAGGCAAUGUUUCAGGACAUAGCUAUAAAGAGAUGGGCUAAACCUGCGUCGCCCGUCAGAGGUGCCUUUUAGGAAGUUCGGGGGGUGAAGGAAGGCGAUGUGUCAUGGCAAUGAGACCAUUUUCCAUGAGUAAUGGACACCUCUACUUGCAGGUUCUUUUAUGGGAUCUCAGAUCUCUCUCAUGUUCUAAUGGAAGUGUGACUAUAUCUGGGAGGGACUCCUUUAGUCUCUUGGGAAAUGGUGAGUUGUUUAUUGAAGGAAAAGAUUAAUUUCGGAGAGCAGGAGUGGGAAGAGAUUUGAGAGGAGCUUUUUAUACACCAGCUACAUGCCCUGAGCAGAUUCUCUUUGAAGGCCAUUCUCAGGGCUCGGCCCUGGCCACUCGUUUACAAUAGGCCAACGCCUGCGGCGGAGCGAGCACUGGACCUGAGUCAGGCCUGGUCUUUACCUGGCGUGGCUAAUUACUAACUGUGCUCUUGGGUGGUGAUCACUCUGCACCUCAUUCCUGCCAAGUGACAGGUUGGGACACUUAGGACUGGAGCAGUGAGCACACGUUCUCCUGUCUCCAUUCUGCCCCUGCUAAGAGAAGAGUCCAGGUUGGCCAAAAUGAGAACUAGAGUAAAUGGGGAAAAGGGGUUCCCCAUAGCUUUUAACUCUGUCAAUCCUGCAGCUCACUCUGGCUUUAGAUUCUUAGGACAUUUCUUGGGCAAUGUUUAUUAAAUUGGUAAAGAAAGAUCUUCGACUCUGAGAAUGGCUGGUUGUUUGUACCAAACACUUCAUGUGUGUAUGCCCCUGAGUGAUCCAAUAUGUAUAUAUUCAAACUCAGAUGGACUAUUCUAUUCUGUUACGGUAGUUGCCCAAAUACCUUUUUAAACUUCACGUUGUGCAGGAGUGAACACCAAAGGCAGAGGCUGCACACCUUCAGUUACUUUUUCACUGUAAUCACCUUGAUCUUUUUGCUUUGAUCAGAGUCUCAACAAUUCCACGAAUACCAUGGCAGGGGCCUGGGAGUUGGGGGGCUUAUUAGCUGCUCAUACUUCUGCUACAUUUUAAGGCGGGAUUGUCAGAUUUGGGAACGUUUGAUUACUAAUGCUAAACUGUACUAACAUUCUGCCACUGUUCCAGAUGAAAAUGGAAAACAAAUAUUUUGCAGUUGAGACAUUUUUCAUCUCCCUGUAGCUGAUUUCUACAGUCCAGUUCAAACAUGUGGCAGAUGCAUUUGCCUGGGGACCACUGACGGAAGGACCCCUGUCUUAAGCACCGUUGUGAGGAUGGAAGUGUCCGCGGUGAUUCUUGCUUGGCUUGCAGUCCAUUCUCUCUUCUAAGCGAAAGUUCCGACCCCCUCUCCGUGUCCCGCCCCUGCCUUCUCAGCCGAGUGCUUUUGGCCUUAAAUGCUCGGUCUUAUGGAGUUAAACUCUGUCCAACAAUUGGGAAGGGUAUCCAUUUCAAGAUCUUGGCAUUCUCCCUGUGCUGACUCAUUUAUGAUCUCUCACUGUGGCCUUUCCAAGCUCAGCACUUUCUGUUGCAUUUGAAACUGGAAGGAAGGAAUGUGGCAGCUGAAACCGAGCAAGGUGCUUGCAGCACGGACGUCACCUUCUCAUGCCCUCUCAGAGAUGACACACAGGAGGAGGCGCAGCACUGAAGCAGAUUUCCUGGGGGAGUAUCUGGAGCCGCCCACCCAGAGGAGCUGGAAGGCUCCCGCCGGGCAGCCUGGACAAGAGCUGGCCACCACUGCUGGGGGCGCUUCCUGCUCCCCGCAGGGCCAGGCGCCCAAGACUCUCCUCUUCCUGUCUCCCUCUGUGCUCUGCUCUGUGUGUGAGGAGGACACGCCUGCCACCACAGGCAGAAGGCCAGCCCUGAGUGAUCAUCCUGAAGUGAUCUCAUGCCAUCUCCUGGCCCUUCUGGGAGCCAAGAUAAUGUUUUAGGAUCAAGAAGAUGCUUUUGCUCCAAGUGUUGUUAUGUCCUCCUGAACUUGGGUUCUCUGGGAAUUUCCGUGGUGGUGGGUAUAACUUCAUGCCAGUAGCAACGGGGCUACAGAACCGUAAGGUGGUGUUCGUUUCUCUAUACGAGCCACCUCUCACCAGCUUCUGUCUUAGAAAUAGGGCCAACUGCCAGGAGCAUUUUACUGUGCUGUUAACUGUGUCUCUUAGGGCAGGAAAUACUGAUGUUACACCUGUUACCGCUUCCUCCCCCAAAUACCACCACAGCCCCUAAGUCAAAACGCUCCUACAAGCGAUGCCCCUCCCUUGUCCAUUCCAGAUACUGUGAUCUCGCCUCUGUCUCUCUGAGGGACCAAAGUCCUGUCCUCUGUGUCUCCGGACCCCGCACAUACCAUGCCGCUCAUUACCUCUUGGAAUGGCUGGGGCGCGUGUUUCCCGUCCCCUGGGCCAGCAGACACUGCCAAUCUGGGCAGGUGUAUACCUUGAGAAGCAGAAAUGCCACCUCAUCUUUAAUGGUAAAGGUCCAUCAUCACUCGAUCCCACUCGAAAUCAAAGGGAGCUUGUUUCAGCCUCUAACUUCUUGGCUUCAUUUGUACUGUGUUGGGAAAAUACUCUCCACAAAAAUAUAGGCAUAAAAACCUAACGAGAGCAGGGUAUGACUGGCAUAACAGAACUUACUGUGCUUUUCAAAAAACAAACAAACAAAAACAACAACAAAAAAAACAGGCAAAGACCAGUUUCCUUCACCAUGGAGUUGUGUAGCUUGAAGAACUCAUCCAUUCCUUUUAAAAUUAGGUUCAUUUGAUCAAAGUUUGACUCACGGUGGUUGAGCAGGACAGCUAUUGGUUAGGUUGCUUUACCUUAUUUGAUCAUAUUUGAAAGAUGAUUUCCUGUGUUUGCUUUGAUUUGUUUCUCGAUAAAUUAAAGCGACUCAGACGUUGAACACUGCCCCCUCUGACCCUGACUACAAUCUCCAGCAGGUUGAUGUUGAUCAGCCUUUGAAGACUGGUCUCCGUUUCCUAAUUUGUCUCCUAGGAUUUUGAGUGUUGUAUCAGGCAAGUGCUGAGCUUUUCCUUUUAUCUCAUACCAGACACCCCUUUCUCAGAGCUGUUCUCCCUUGGUUUGGGGAGUACUAGGUGUUUUCAUACUUCUUUUGUAGAACACCCAUUUAUAUUUAUUUCUGUAUAUAGAACUAUAAAAACAGGAGUGUUAAAAUCUUUGUUGUGGUUUGAACAUCGUUGUUGCUUUUUUUGGUUAAGUUGGUAAACCUAGGUUCCAAGUCCUCUGUUCUGUCUUUAGAAAGCUGUGAUCACGUGUGCAAUGAUUUGAAGGGAAAAAUAGUAACUGAAGGUAUCUGUUGUUUUUAAGGAUGAACUCAUUGGGGAGAGAUGCAUCCUGCCCCUGUCUCUUUGGUGCAAUAACUAACUAGCAACUGUUACAAUUUAAUGAUUCUCUUAUUUAUUCACUGUCCUUUUCUUUUUAAGGGAUUUCUAGAAUCCCUUUAACUUGGUUGAAUCUUUAAGUUCAUUGAUUUUUGUAGCUUUUAUCACUAAAGUUGGUUUACAGGUAUCCAAAACAUGAUGUGAUAAAAUCGAAUUGGGUUAUUUUCUCCCACUUCGUUUAUGUAAAAAUUGUAAUUGCUGACACCUGGGGUUUGGUUAAAAGCACCUCUAGUUUAGAUGAUAAAUAGUAACAGUGUCCUGAGCUGCAGACUCUCCAUCUUACUGCUUUUGUUUUAAAUGGCCAGGAUUUGGUACCGGUAAAUACGUAGUCUUGUCACAUAACCAAGCAAGUGGUGCUUCCUAUGCGCCAAAGAGCAGCACUGAGGAAAAAGGAAAGUUUGGGGGCAGGCUGAAAAUCACCUUAUGUUGGGAAAUUGGAGGCAACAUUUUUUAAGUGGCAGAAAAAAUAAUGAUCUCAUUUGUCGUUCAAAAUGGAAGCUAGCAUGAUAUCUGGAAGCGUAAACUGUCCCUAGUCGUGAAUGUUGAAAGCCCUUUUCCUGUUUUGCAUUCCAGUUUGAAGAGUUUGUGUUGAAAUUUGAGUCAUCUAUCUUGUGUAUGUUUCAGUGCAUAAAAGGGAAAAUUGGGGGUUUUUGCUUUUGAGAUUUGCAGGACAAAAGAGCAUGUUGUUGGUUUGUUGUAAGAUUGUAUUCUGUAUAUAUGUUUUCAUGUAAAUAAAUGAAAAUCUAUAUCAGAGUUAUAUUUUAAUUUUUAUUCUCAAUG